AGUGAUUUUCGGCAGUUGUAGCAUUGCCAAGGCCGAAAAAUAAGGGAUCCGGAACCAAAUUAUUAUAAGAAAUAAUCAAAAUUUCAGCUUUCCCGCGGCUCUCGGCCUUUAAAACCUUUGUCAACGACAGUAGUACAAAGUAAAGUAGUGGUAAUUACUCUGUAAACCCUAGAGUGGACUGGAGAGGAUCAAGACGGCAAUUUCCUCCCAGCAUUCAUACUUUCCUUUUACAGAUAUUUUGUAGUUUGGUUUCAAUUUUUAAUGGCAAUGCAGCGAAGAGUUAGCCCAAGGUUUCAAGAUCUACCAAAUGGUAGUAACUCAAGCAUUGAGAAGAUAUCCAACGCAACUGACUCAAAAAGGCCACCUAAUACUAGAGUUAGCCCCAGACUCCAGAGUAUUCGUUUGGAGAAGAGACCCUAUUAUGGUUGCAGCCGGAAGAAGAAACCAUUUAAUGAUUCUCAAGACAAGCUCAUGGUCAAAAAACUCAAAGUUGAUCAUUCAAUUUCGGAGUGUGUAUCUAAUAUUUAUGACCUUGAUAAUGGUUCUGUAACCGCUGAAAAAGAUGUUGCAGAUCUACAAGAAACUGGUUCAAAACAAGGCAACUAUGGUGAUAUUUUAGCCUCUAUUCCUGGUAUAAGUAUGGCUAUGGCAGUGAAAAAUAAAUUUAGGUUGUUCAAUAAGUAUUACCUCCACUUUGCUAAGGUUCACUUUGUGCAAGGAAAAGUUUCUAGAGUUCUAUCAGAGUCACCUGGGCUUGUAUGCAAGGACAUAUCAAAUGGUCAAGAAGACAAAUGCAUCCCUGUUUUAAAUUUGUAUAAUCCUUCUGUGGCUCCUACAGGCAAGUUAAGUUGAAAUA